CGUGCCACGUGCGCUAGCCAGAGCCGAUAAGUGAUAUCAGCCCGCUCUCCCCACAGAGUCAGUUCAGCUGCCAGAGGUUCCGAUAUUCCUUGAGCAGGAAGAAGGCAACUGUUGUGGCUACGCCGAAUAUGAAGAGGCACCCUUAACUUGUGGUCACAUUGGACUGGGUUCCCAAAGGCGUUGCUGGCCCUGUGAUGGCCGUUACGAAUCAAUUGCCAGGGGUGAAUGGAGGAAUUACACAGCUAUAAUCCGUAACCGCGCGACUGAUAAGCUGCGCGGGUGUUGAUGAUAAGGACAUGAAGAGACGACGAGUGAGAACUGAUAUCAGCGUUCUUCCAGUAUUUGACUCGCAUAACUGAGCUGGGGGUGUAUGUCUUAUUGCCGGCGCUUUCUCCGGCCUGUUCACUUCUCGUCCUAUGAAUCCCUACGCCCUGCCAUGUCCACCGAAGUCUUUCGCCGAGUAGGCCGCGGCGGCGCCGGCAACUUCUACAGCAAAAAGGACGUCGAAGAGGCCGAGAAGGCCGGCACAGAGGAUCUCGAAGCUCAGAGGGCAACAACGACAACAACGACUUCCGAGGAGACGCUAUCCUUCACUCGCACCCAGACGACCAGCCCCACCAUCACCUCCGCCACUGCACCAAGCUACGGCCGCACCGGCCGCGGCGGCGCAGGCAACUUCGCCCUUCCGAAUCCCAAUGCCGCCCCUCACACAACACCACUGCUGAACCCCAACUCCGCCGCCCCACACCCCGAGGAAGCAGCACCAUCACCACCAUCGCUUCCAGUACCGAAACGUAAAACAGGGGGGCUGAGCGGGCGCGGCGGGGCGGGCAACUGGACGGGCGGAGAGGACGGCACGAAGCAGCAAGAGGAGGAGGACAAGCAGAGGCGGGUGGAGGAGCUGGAGAUGCAGGUGCUGAGGGACGUCGAGGUGGGGUUGGCGCCGCCGCCGAGGGUGUAUCAGACUCAUACUCUCGGCAGUGGGCGGGGCGGCGGGGGUUAGUUAAAUGGUCUUGGAAGAGAGGGAAGGGGGGGCAGGGGGUAAGGGCGUUGCGAGGUAGGAAGAAGUGAGAAUUCAACGGGGACGCGGUAACAGGAGGUAAGGAGGCUCAGGUUAGUCGAAGGGGCCCUUGAGUCGUGAUUCAUGAGUACCAGACGGUUGAAUUUGGAGUUGGCCAAGCAACUAGGAUCGAGUUGGGCCAAACCCGAGGAUAGGGUUUCCGAAACCAUCCCACCCUGGAGUAUGAUCCAAGAUGCUGUCCAGGAAAAGCGGUUUUCCAGAAUAUCAAGAGACGGAAGUGGUGCCGGAACACAGCGUGAAAUCACGUAAUUUACCGUAAAUUACGCCCCGUCCAACGGCCGAAGGCUCCGCACGGCAGCGGCAAAUCCCGACC